CACUGCCUCUCAAGGUUACGCUGGUGCCCUUACUGUUCAAUCACAGGAAAGCCCUCUUGAAACCAAGCUCGGUACUGCCAAGACCGACUGUUGUGCUGUCACUGGUCCCGUCUCUGAUGAGGAUGCCAAUGCUGUCAUUGCUGAAGUUGACCCCUUGACCACCCAAAUCGAGGCUGCUUUACAAGCCAUCAUUGACAAGAAGAGCGUCUUUGACUCUGUUGCCCUUGUCACUCCUCUUGUUAAGGGUGACAUCAACAGCUUGAACACCAAGACCUCCGCUGUCUCCACCUGUUUGGUUGCCAACACCCCCUCCGACCUCGCCUCCACUGCCCAAGGUUAUGCUGACAGAAUCACCGCUGCUUUCGCUGCCGCUGUUGCUGCCUACGCUUAAAUUUCUUUAUUUUGAAAAGAAAAAAGAAAAGCUAGUUAUGUAGUUUCUUAAUACUACCGAACCAUCUUUUUCUUUAUUAUUUAUUAAUUGAUCUAUCUAUUUAUUUGAUUUCUCACUUUAUGGAC